GGAAGGAAGCGAGACAACAAGGGUGGGGGCUUGAACACAUCCUGUUUCACACAGAGUUAGUACAGUGGAAACGUGGCCGGUAGGCUGAGAAGUUAGAGGAAGAAAAGUCAGUAGUAUUUUGUCGGUUAGACUGUUGUUAUCAAGGCAGCACAGACAUAUUUGGUCCUCUGCGAGGUUAGUUAACCGUUGAAGUUAGCCGUUAAUUCCCAUUAUUUCGAACGUUUGAACCAGACUUCUGUUUAGCCGAGGUAACUAAGCUAGCGUUAGCUAAAAGUGACUUAUUUUAACACUUUUAGUGUCAUAAGUUCCGGUUGUUAACGGUAGUGUUAAACGUGUUACACCGGUGGUCAGCAUGACAAACGAGGCAAGCAGCUCGGACAAGACUCCCUCCUUCGAGAUGACCUGGGGCAGCUCCACCAGCAGCGGCUACUGCAGCGAGGAGGAGUCCGACUCCGAGUUCGAGCAGUACUUCACCGCCCGGACAUCUUUCUUCCCCAAAACCCGGAAAGCUAACGUUAAUGCUAACGUAAAGAAGGAUGAACAAAUUGAAUGGGGAAAGCAGGAGCUGACAACUGCAGAUAUUCAGCAGAAGGUGAAGGAGUACAACGCUCAAAUCAACAGCAAUCUGUUCAUGAACGUGAACAAGGAUGGUUCCUAUACUGGCUUCAUCAAGGUGCAGUUCAAGUUGGCGCGUCCUGUGUCAGUUCCACCUCCAAAGAAAGGAGGUCACGAUGCUGCAGGGAGGAGGGCUAGCGGAGUGAAGCGCCGCACCUCUUUCUACCUGCCAAAGGAUGCGUCCAAGCACCUGCACAUAAGCUCUCGCACUUCUGCUCGUGAGGUCAUCGAGGCUUUGUUGAAAAAGUUUACCGUGGUGGACAAUCCUGGAAAGUUUGCUCUGUUUGAGCGCAGCGAGCGUCAUGACCAAGUUUAUGUUCGCAAGGUGUCUGACAAUGAGCGCCCCCUCCGUCUGCGUCUGUGUGCUGGGCCCAAUGAGAAAGUCCUCAGCUUUGUUCUGAAGGAGAAUGAAACUGGAGAAGUCAAUUGGCAUGCCUUCUCAAUGCCUGAGCUGAAGAACUUCCUGCGCAUUCUGCAGCGUGAAGAGGAGGAGCACGUCAAGCAGAUAGUGCAGCGGUACGCUCUGGCCCGCACCAAGAUGCGCGAGGCCCUGGCCGGCUCGACCCCCGGUUGAGACGACUCUGCACUCGGGGUUGAAUAUGCACCACUUGGCUGGACAAUCACCUGAAGAUGACAGUCAUCGCUGCAUCCAAAGAUCCCAGAUAAUGCAACUCAAAACGCCUCUUGUGUGAACGAGAGAGUGAGACAGGGCGCAAGACAAUGAGAGAGAGAGAGCCGGCGCGAAUGUGCGUGUGAAGUGAUGCGAGAGAUGCGAAGUGCCUUACACCUGGAGAGUCUGAUGUGCCUGAGAGAAUGAGUUGAGAGAAGUGACGACUGGCAGAUGAGACAGUGGUCGUAUCCAGUAAUGUCUUUUGCCAAGGGGUGCCUUUUGAUUAUCCUGUUUACCUCAGCUGUGUCACUUUAACUUUAAAGAAAAUGUCAAAGUUUUUAGGUAUGAAAGAAUAGUCGAUUUUGCAUUUGUAGAUGCAGUGCUUAAGUAAAGCCCCAUGUUGCAAUUGAGCUGAUAAUCACACCUCUGGAAGUUACAUUCCUUUUUAUUUUUCCAAUCCAAUCCAAUCCAAUUCCAAUUACUGCCAGGUUCAGAUAAACGUUAACAACCCACCAUGAAAACCAUACUUAGUAACCACCCUGUUGACAUUUUCAUUUAUUCCUUUAGAAAGUUAAAUACACAUCUGUUGCUGAAAGGUAUUUGGAUUUUCAUUUGACCCAGGCUCAAAAAUCUGCCACGUCCUCUCGACACCCCUGAUGGGUGCAACUCUGUUUUUUUAUUUUACCGUCAAAUUGUGAGUUUGACUGAUGUAUGGACAUUUGUAUGCAACUUUAUGAAUGUCAGAGAGAGCAGUGUCACUCUGGUUGACUGGAAUCAUGAAUGAAUAUUGGUAUACAUGUGUUUCACUGGAAGCUGUUUGUCAUUCCUUCUUUCUUUGUUUUUUUUCUGUCCUUUAGAAAAUGUCUAAUGUUUCUCAGUUUCACUAUCAUUGUAUCCGUCUAUGCACAUAUUUACAUGUUGAAGCAAUAACUCAAACUGUCGUGACAAAUGUGCACUGCGUUCAGUAAAGAAUUUCCCAGUUCAAA